AUGGCUAGAAAAAGAAGCCAAACCUCAAGCCUGAUUGGGAGCCCGUCCUCGGAUAAUAGCUCCUCCACCAAAUUAGAUCAUGACCGGUUCCUCCCGAUCGCGAACGUGAGUCGUAUAAUGAAGAAAUCACUUCCCGCCAACGCAAAUAUAUCGAAAGAAGCCAAGGAAAUUGUCCAAGAAUGUGUUUCUGAAUUCAUUAGUUUCAUAACCGGUGAAGCAUCCGAUAAGUGUCAACGUGAGAAGAGGAAGACGAUCAACGGUGACGAUCUUUUAUGGGCGAUGACAACGUUAGGGUUUGAGAAUUAUGUUGUACCAUUGAAGGUUUAUCUCAACAAGUAUAGGGAGAUUGAGGGAGAGAAGAACUUCUUGGCUAGACAAGAAGACCAGUCUCCCACUAAUACAAAUGAAAUCAUGAUCAACAAAGUCAAGAGUCCCAUAUCGGCUAAUAGGGCAGAAUUCCAAGGGUUUAAUGGUGGACUUUUAUCGCUUGGUGCACAAGUAACUCCAAAGAGGUUUGAAUUUGGAGAGAAUUUUGUGAAUCUCAACUUCAAUAUGAGUAGGGUUUGUGCAAAAGGUGAUGGACAUGGCAAUAGAGCUUUUGCUGUGGCAGCUCCUCUUCAUCAUGGACUUGAAUGGUAG